AUGCUGAUGCGGCCCUCUCGCCACGUGCUGUGCUUGGUGGUCCUCGCGCUGUGCUGCUGUGUCCCCUUUUCCGUGGCUGAUACUGGCAUACCUGAGCACAGAGAUAGUUUCUUGACACAGCCUGAUGGCGUGAAUCUAACCAUGACGACGAGGUUUGAUGACAACAGCUGCACAUCACUGUCCACCGCGGCUACUGAUGCAACCAACGGUUUAAUCAUUUUUACUACGGUUACCUUACCGAAGGGUAGCUCUCAUGAAGGACAGAAUAUCAGGAAGUCCUGGCAUGAGUUCCCCGUUCCCGUUGGGUACAACUUAACGCUGGACGCUUCACUGGUUGCUGAAUGUACGAAAAAAGGAUCUGAUGCGUCUGUGACCACGGACAAAACGUGUACGGUAAAAGAUACUGCAGCACCUAAUACCUUCAGUGUCACCUAUGCUGCCUCUGCACAGCCCACUGCAACUGGACAGACUGCUGCGAAUAUCCCGGAGACACAAAAGCGCGAAGUGAGUUUCCCCGCUGGGUACGACGUGAAAAUUUUCGGGGAGGUUGUGAUCAAAUGCACUCUACCGUCUUCAGCGAAGUCAUCUCUUACGUCUACCACCCCCACAACUUCUGGCGGUCUCCCUAAGGGAGCGGAUCAGGACGAAAGCUCUGAAAAAACGUCUACUAUACAGAGUGCUCAGCAUGACAGCAAUAUCAUCAGUAAAGAGAACGGGAAUCCGCCCAAUCAGCCAACGGACAUAUCUGAGAAGCCUGAGACCAUCGCUGAUGGCCUCGCUCCAACCUCCAGCGAGGCAGACGGCAAAGAAGCCGAAAGCUCCGUCACAGUAAAUGACGCCGCUCAUACAGCCUCCACAGCCACACCUCAAUCAAAGACAACCGCCGAAGACGCUCCCAAAACUGAUGCCGGUACUCCCAUCUCUGCGGGAGAGGGCGUGAAGCCUCCUGGCGGCAACACCGACGCCAGCAGCAACAACACUGCGUGGGUACGUCUGCCGCUCCUUCUACUGCUUCUGGUCUGUGUGGCUGUGUGGUAA